UUAGUUCUGUGCAACUUCUUGUUACCACGGUAACGGCAUGGCGGAAAUUUCACGUGAGAUCCUACGCUGGCUUCUUUCUUUAAAUAUAAAUGUACACCACGAGAAACUUAAAUGGUGCGUUUCCAACGGAUUGUUGGUGGCUGAAAUAAUACAUAACUACUAUCCAAAGUCAGUAAACCUUCAAAAGUUUAAUGACGGCCAAGGCAUCACUGUUAAAUUAGAAAACUGGAAAUUACUAAAUGAGAUUUUUCGUUGUCUGAACAUUUAUGUGCCGCAAGAUAUUAUCGAAGGGGUUAUAUUUAACAAAAGUAAUGCAGCGGUCAUCCUCUUAACUUUACUCUAUGAAUUACUCACACGCAAAAAAACGGCGCAGAGUGUGACUUUCGAUCCAACAGACCUCGAAUAUCAGUGUUCCCUACCAAUUCACGCCAGAUCUUGUUUGGCUAAAUUCAUCAAGGAUAAUGUAUCUUCUUCAGAAUUGGUGACAAAACCGGAUAUUUUCACCAAUAAAAAGAAAUAUCAAUCUUUAGUGAUAGCAUACAGAACCAUGAAAGUAACAGAAAGAAUAAACGAACCAUGCAGAUAUCGGGUGUUUCGGCCACUAGGACUAAAGUGUCGGCGUUCCGAACGAUCUGAACUCCGUGAAAUCAAUAACAACGAGGGAGCAAACACCGUACCAAAGGGUUAUCUAGCCUGAUGACUUAAAUAUAUCAACAGCAUAACAACAUAUCAUGAAAUCAUCUCAAACGACCUCAGCGUUUAUGAGAAUUUCUUGUUGCAUAUCUCUACCAUGCAAUAACUGUGUACUCUUUAGAUGCUUAUUCGUUUUGCUCUCCCCAUUUUCCCCACAAAUUCUCUAAGGUAAAGUUUUUGAUUAUGCACAUUGUCCCUUCUCGGACAAAGGAACUCAGUUAAGCUUACUACAAAAACCAGACUCUGGCUUGAGAAACGCCUCAGGCAACGUCAAGUGGUCUGUGACAUCCACCGCACCUUACUAUAUUCUGAUAUUUCUACAUGGGCGAAAUUUCCGAAGGGCAAGAAAACUUUGUUUACGGAUAUUCUGCUACUUUUAUAAUGUGUAUUUGAAAAAGUUUAUCGUUAAUGACGAAGUAAAAUCAAAAUAACGUCGAACAUAUAUUCACAAACAUAUUCAAAUUAGAUUCACUUUGACUACCAGUUGUGCCAUCAGGAUGAUCGAAAAUUUCCUAGAAUUCGAUGCUGCUGAGACUAAACGUCAGUACACCUAUCU